AUGUCCGAACAGACUUGGCGACCUGGCAAGAGAGUCGCUAUAGCCGGCGGUGGCCCUGCCGCUGUAUCAACCGCUCUCGCGUUUAUCCAGCGGGGAUAUGACGUCCGAAUUUUCGAGCGACAAUCUGAAUGCAAGCCAAUCGGAGGUGCAGUUCUACUCAACAUCCCGGUACUGGCAAUCCUGCGAGCAUAUGGAAUGCCAAUGGAAAACGUGGGAUCUUUCACCACAACUUCAUUUCAAAAUAAGAGUGGACUCGAGCGUGUCGAACUUCCCUUUAACAAAGAGGUGGAAAGGCUUAUGGGUAUAAAGGGCUGGCAAUAUGGUGUUCUGCGGUCCUCUCUCUUCAAGAAAAUGCUCGACCUUUUGCCAAACGGAGUGAUCUUCAACAACCAUGAAUUCACCUCUUAUUCCGAGCUUCCAGGCCAAGACGGCAUCAGAGUCAUGUUCAAAAAUGGCGAAGAUAUUACUGCCGACAUCUUGAUCGGCGCUGAUGGCAUUCGCUCAGGCGUUUCACGACAAGCCUUCGGCGACCCAAAGCUUUUCCACGCGGGAGUGCGUGUCUGGCUCGCCUGGUGUGACAAAAUCCCCGACAUCCCCGAGAACUACGGCGUCAUCUCCCACGACUGGCAGUACCAAGCCAGUUUCUUCCCCAUGCUCCACGAAGGCAAGCCUGGAUUUGAAUGGUGGGUCGUGGAAUCGUCUUACGAUGGCAAGCCCGUACCGGAAAACCCAAGAGAAUAUUUGACCAACAUCCUCAAGGAUUGGUCACAGCCUCUGUCGCGGCUUCUCGAGGCAACCGAUUUUGACACACAGGUUUACCAAUGGGAGAUAUUCAAUCGACCAUCACAGAAGACAUGGUCCAAGGGACGAGUCAUGUGUAUUGGUGAUGCUAUCCACCCUGUGUCACCUUAUGCUGCCUAUGGUCUAGGCAUGGCAAUCGAAGAUGGCUAUUUCCUUGCCAGAUCCCUGGAUGGGGUUGACCUCCGUGAUAUCUCGGCAGUCGACGCUGGAUUUGAAAUUUUCGAAAAGCAGCGUGUUGACUAUGUCAAUCACAAUGUCGAGUUCGCUCGUUUCAGCGGCCGAAUGUUUCACUCACUGCCUUGGCCGCUUGCUAAGAUCCGUGACUGGAUCUUUGACUACACACCUAUCCUCGGCAAUCUUUUGAAGAAGGACUAUCUGAAAUCUGCCGAGGAGCAGACGAUGAAUAUGAAAGAGCUUCAUGUUUGUUGA